AUGAUGAUGUUCGAGCCAGAGGAAAUUUCUUACGCCGAUCGCGUCAACAUUAUUUUCCAUCGAAUCAAAAUGGAGCCAUUAGGACCGAAACGAUUUGAUCUGGCCAAAAAUUUGAUUCAAAUUGGCUAUUCGUACAACUUGUCCGACGAUAUUGUGGUCAAAUGUAUGAACUUGUGCUUGAUUGUGCAGAGCAAUGAGGAGCGAUUGGAGGCUGAAUCUACGCUCUUUUCGAUGAUCGAGAUGAUUUCCAAGAGGAAGCCGAGGAUCUUCGACGAUUUGCCGAGAUUUUUUGAAGCCUCCCUUGUGGAUCCAAAGUUGGCCGUCGAGAAGGCGAUUAUUUGUCUGUGAGUUAUUUUCGUUUUUUGUUUGGUAUUUAGACGAAGAAAAUAGCUUCAAAUUGACAUCAACAAGUGAUGUUAUUCAUGUCUAUUAUUUUUUCAAAUUUUACGUGAUGGUCUGAGGAGAUGACUGCAUUUUGACAAAAAAUUAUUAUUAGAUCUCUCUUCUUCCAGCCGAGCCAUUUCCAUCGACGAAGCGGUCCUAUAUCCACUCCGCCUUCGGCUUGUACCAUUCAUGAAGAAAGCUUUGGACAAGAUCUGCUCCAGUCUGCCAAUUCAACGCCCAUUUGUGGCCGUCAGUGUGAUGAAGAUCUUGGUUGGGUGGCAGAAGCGGAGAAAUGCCAUGGAGAAAGCAAAGAAAGGUGUAGAUUGGGAGAUAGCGUGUGUGGUGAAAGAUCUAGUGGAUAAAGUCGUGUCUAAUGUGGAUAGCACCGUAAAAGUAAAGAAGGAGGAGUUGGUGGAAGAUGAGGAUCUCAAAGACAUACCAACAACAUAUUUUGAGCAUAUUGCUUGCAUCUUGAUCAGAAUCGGGACCACUUUGCAUUCAGUUCGAAGAUUUGGAGAGGUAUUGAUCUUUUAUUUCAAAAACUGUCUAGUUGUUUGUGUAAUUCAGUGGAAUUAUUUUUAGCCAUACAAAGAUCAACGUGCCACGGUGUCGUCAGAUCAGCCGGGACGGAGUUGGGUAAGUCUUUUUCAAUUGUGUUUGUCGAUUUUUAGGCACCUCAAUUGAAAUCGGACAUUUUCCAUCUACUCUCGACUGCAUUGGCCAGAAAUUUUUGUAGAACGGAUGUGAGGGUCAAGUCUGAUUGGUUUGAGUACCUCAUCGAUCAGUCCAAGUCGCUACCGGACACCGCGGAGAGAUCCCAUGCCGUCUCCGAGUUUUAUUACACAUUAUACUUCUUUGUGGAGAUGUUUAGUGAAUGUCGUGAUCAAUAUGUGCUGAUGAAGAUUGUCAGAGGAGUGGAGAGGAUCCUAACAAAUGUCUUUGAGCACAAAAUUGUGACUGUGAGUUGGAGUUGGUUGAAGUUGUGAGCUCUUUUGUUGUUUUAGGUAUAUACAACAGCUUUCCUCCUGACGUCUCGGAUUUUUGGAUUGAGCAGAUCCAGGUCGGGCUUAGAUGCCGCUCCCCACCUUUUUCAGCACGUGAUGAGUUUUUUCCGCCACUUCUUCACGAAGUUGGCGGACCCGCAGACCAAUUUCGACUUGAGUUUCUUGAAACAAAUCCGAAUCUCCACCAAUUUCUUGGCCACGAUUUCCAAGUUCCAACCCAACUUCAUCGAAGGAGUUUCGAUCAACUUUUUUGUCAAAGCGGCUGAAAAGAUUGUCCACAUGUUUGUCCGCAACGUCGAGCUGAACGCGGAGAACCCCAGGAUUUUCGAAUCGCCCGAGUAUCAGAAUUUGUUGCGAAGUGUUACGUCAAUUGUUCGUAUCAUUACGCCUUGUCUAUAUAAGGCUUCGCAGGUUGGUUGCUGCAUUUUUUUUGAUUGCUUUUUACCUUUAGGAGGUCUGUCGCAACGUUUCGCAAAGCAUUUUGAUGCCGGCGGUUCCGAUUGUCCUGCCCUCGCAUCUGGUCGACCGCGAUCUUCUUCACCACCUCCUGGUCACGCUGAUACCUCUGUUGAACGGCCCCGCGGCCCCAUCCUAUUGUGUCCCACUUCUUCACCGUCUCUCAACUUUUCGGCAUUUGAUUUUCCAGCAAAAGGAGAGUUUGCAACCGAUUUUCAAACGCAUCAUCAGGCAUAUUAAUGGGUCGCAAACCCUGCGAACUACGAGACUCAUGGCGGAGGUGGAGCCGAUUUUGGUGGUGGAACAGUUUAAAAGAGACCUGAAGAGGGCGUAUGAGAUUAAGAAGGAGAUGUCGCAGAUCCAGAAAACUUUCUCGUCGAAGGAUGGCGAUAGAGGUAUAAUGAAGAAAAAAAUUUUCGAUUUUUGGCAAAUUUGAUUUUGUUCAUUGCUGGAUAAAGUAAUUUUUGUUUGAUUCCAGCCCUGAGAGAAGAAAUGGACGACAUCCUGAAAAAACAUUUUGCCUAUACGGUCCCCGGAUACAUCCAUCCGCAGAAUUUGUAUGAAAUCCCAACCCUAAUGGCACUCCGAGCCAAAUUGUUGGAAAUUGCGACAGAUGCGACGUUUGAGUAAGUUGAUUUGUUGUGGUUUUUUAUUGUUUUAGUGAGGUGAAUGAACUCUUCCUUUUGGCGAUUCAUAUGGUCGAAGAGGCGAAGAAACAACCAAAGCCGGUUCAUCAACGGAUUCGAGAAGAAGAACGAAAGGUCUUCAAGUAUUAUUCGGAAUACCUGGAGAAGAAUUUGGCCCAAGCGGUGAGGAAUGUUGAGGAUGGAUCUGCGGUGUAAGUUGGUUUUUUUAUUUUGUGUCUUUCCGCUUUAGGUCGAUGAAUUCGGAGUUGGACGAUUGGGGAAACCGAAAAUUAUUAUUUUCCUUCGAUGCAAAGGUCGAAAUUAGGAUAAUCGAGGGUGCUGAUUGCGAAAAUGACAUUCGUUUUUUGAUUGUUACUUUUUUCUUAAGUAGUACUAUUAGGUAGUAAUUUUUUGAAAAUUUUCCAAAAAUACUGGAUUUAGGGGUUUUCGAAGGUGCUGGUUUCGAAAAUCAUGUUAAAUUUUCCUCUAGUACUCAAUAGUACUAUUUGAUACUAUGUAGUACGAGGUGUAAAUUUGGCCUUUAGGUGUUAGUGGUCUUGUUCUGGUGCGUAGUUUUUUUCAGUACUCUUGAGAAAAAAAAACGUUUUAAAGAAUUUUCAAAAAAAUUGCAUAUUUUUUUACUGCUUAAGAAAAAAGUAACAAUCAAAAAAAUGAAUGUCAUUUUCGAAAUCAGCACCUCGAUUAUCCUAAUUUCGGCAUUUACAUUGAAGAAAAAUAAUACUUUUCGGUUUCCCCAAUCGUCGCAGUUUCGAUGAAUUCUAUCAAUUUUCUUCAGUUGGAAUGUGGAUGAUGUCCUAAACGCGGCCAAUGUGACCUUAGUAACAGCCCGAGCUCUUCGCUACGCCAACGCUAAACAAGGCCAAGUGCUGAUGCAACGCUUCCUCGGCUCGGUCCAUGUCAUGCUCACAGCACAAGCAGCCACAACUUGCGAGAUUUCGAAGUGGUCCAACUACAUCUCGAUCGCCUUGGAUGAGGUCCCCAUCGAACACUGGGACCCGUACGUAACGCAGAUCAUCCUCGACUUGAAGCGAGGCACCGUCCCCGACUUUCUCCACCGCGUCGGCCAUGCUGUUUCUUUUUUUCGAAACAAAGACCGAGGAAAAUAA